AUGGCGUUAGGUGACUCUAUAUUAUCGAAUAUCUUUGGUGGACUUUCCAAUGACUUUAAAAAGAAGAAUUUCUCUCUUUAUGGGCAAUGGAUAAGUAUAAUUACAAUUUUCCUAUGUCUUGCUUUAGGUAUUGCGAAUAUAUUUCACUUUAAUUUGGUGAUUAUUUUUUCCAUCAUUUGCUUGGUGCAGGGAUUGAUUGUUAUAUUUGUUGAGAUACCUUUCCUCUUGAGAAUAUGUCCUUUAACGGACACAUUUACAAAUUUUAUCAGAAAGUUUGAUGGCAAUUUACCUCGCUGUGGAUUUUACUUGUUGAAUGCUGCGAUUCAGUGGUUAAGUUUAGUUUUGCAAGCUACUAGUUUGAUUGUUGUUGCUAUAUUUUUCACAUUAGCAAGCGCCUGUUAUGCUUUAGCAUAUGCCAAGAAUCAGGAAUACUUGAAAUCGUCUAUUGAUGUCACAGGUACUGGACAAGGAGGCGCUUUAGAGGCACAAGUUGAGGAUACCGACGGGCAGAAACUAAAGAGAUAUAAAGAUAAAUCCCAUCCGGAGACGUCGACGACACAGGUAACUGUAAAUAACAGAGAAGCAACAUCACCACCACCAACGAUAACAUCAUUUUCAUACGACCAAGUAAACGAUGAUGCAGAUGAAUUGAUUGAGUUACGAGGAGAAGGGAGGUAUUUCGGUGUAACCGAUCUUGAUGAUGCCAAUAAGAGUAGUGUCAAAACAGGCCCCAUAUGUGAUAACUGUCAUAAAAGGGGCCAUAAAAGAGCAAAUUGUAAAGUUCUCAUUUGCCACAAAUGUGGUAAAGUAGGAGACCACUGUGAGACUCAGUGUCCCAUGACUCUUAUAUGUUUGCGAUGUGGCGAGAAGGGCCACUAUGUAGCGGAAUGUAAGAGUAAAACGCGGAAGAAGCAGUAUUGUCGAACUUGCGAUUCAUUUCAACAUGGUGACGAAAAUUGUCCAACAAUUUGGCGAUCUUAUUUAACUAAGCGAAGUGCAAAUAAUGACAAUGAGAGUUGCGUUCUACCUGUUAUAUGCUGUUACAAUUGCGGAUCGAGUUUGCACUAUGGAGACGAAUGCCCCGAGCAGAGAAGUUCGCGAGUACCGAAUUUGGGAAGUGCUUUUAGUGGGAAUAACUUACCAAAGAAACUUCGACCAUUAUAUUUUUCCAGAUUGAGAAGAAGCAAUGAGCGAAAUUAUUAUAAGGGUGAUGGUGUUGGUGUUGGUGGUGGUGGUGAUAAUGAUGACACAUAUGAUCCACUACGAUCAGCCAAGAAUAGUAAGCCAAAGUAUAACCAGGAAAAGACAAUGGACUACAGAAAUGGUGCCGAUACAUAUAGUACCACUAGUCUGUUUGGAGGGUCUUUUUCACGAAAAACUCCAUCGCGAUCUGGGUAUGUGCCUAUAAAUGGAUCAAACAACUUUCAAAAAUUCAAUUCAGGACAGCCUUCUCUAGCUAGACUUCCUGUUAGACCAUCUAGUCGCAGUGGAAAUUACUCUAGUAAUGGUUCUAGAAACUUCAAUGUUACAGGAUAUAGCCCGAGUGAUGGUAGUGAAUCAAACUACCAACCUACAAAGUCCGGUGUGAUCAGGAGUAGAAAAAGUGAUACACAAUUACAAGGUAGAGUGACAAAACCCACAAGAUCGGGAUUAAUUGAAAGUAGCAAAACAAAGAUGAAAAAGAGUAAGCAUAUACGAUACUAG